AUGACUAAUCUUUAUUCCUCRUCUCUCUCUGCUGCAGGGUGUGUGUGUGUGGUGUGUGUGUGUGGACAUGGAUGGAGGGAGUCCCUGGAGUGCGUGCGGGCGUUAGAGCUGUGUAACGGGGACAGCCAGUGCAGCUCCAGCUACAGGAUUAUGCGUCAGUGCCUGUCAGGCGGGGCGCAAGAUCGCCAGACCAUGCUGGCUAGCAGGGAGUGCCAGGGUGCCAUAGAGGUCCUACAGGACUCGUCACUCUACAACUGUCGCUGUAAGAGAGGCAUGAAGAAAGAACUUCAGUGUCUGCAGAACUACUGGAGUAUACACCAGGGCCUGACAGAAACCGGCGAGGACUUCUAUGAGCUGUCGCCCUAUGAGCUCCACGAAUUCUCAGAAGAGUUUAGACACGCCUCCAUCAUCUCAGACUCCUCUCUGUCCAAGGCCAACCCAUGCUCAGAGCCAGGAAAACCGUGUAACCCAUGCCUUGACGCAGCCAAGGCCUGUAACCUCAACGAAACCUGCAAGAGACAACGCUCCAAUUACAUCGCUAUCUGCAACAAGCCUCCUCAGCCCUCACAGGCCAACCAGGAGCCUUGCAGCCGCAAACGAUGUCACAAGGCGCUGCGUCAGUUUUUUGAGCGUGUGUCGUGGGAGCUGAGUUACCCCCUUUUGUUCUGCUCAUGUCCUGACCAGGCCUGUGCAGAGAGACGUAGACAGACCAUCGUACCUGCCUGCUCCCACCAGGAGAAACACAGACCCUCCUGUCUAGAGCUACGGCGCAACUGCCGCUCCGACGCACUCUGCAGGUCAAGACUGGCUGAUUUCCAUACCACCUGUCAGAUGACUGGUCACUCCAUCAACAGCUGUCCCCAUGAUAACUACCACGGCUGUCUAAUGGCCUACGUAGGCCUCGUUGGGUCUGAUGUGACUCCUAACUACAUGGACAGCAGUCCCAGUAACAGCACCAUCUCUCCCUGGUGCUCCUGCAGAGGGACUGGCAACCAGGAAAAUGAGUGUGACGCCUUCCUCAGAGACUUCACACACAACACCUGCCUCAAGAAUUCCAUCCAGGCGUUUGGCUAUGGAUCAGAGGGGAGUGUACUUCCCGUCACGGAGUCUUUGGCCACGCCCUUUCCUCCCAUACAGCCACCCCUCAACUCUAAGCCCGCUCCCUCUCUCCAAGCCAAUGACAUCAAGCCUCUGGAUAGCGCUUGUGUUUUCUCAACCUGUGCCAACCUUAAGGAUGGAGGACAAAAGUGCAUUCCUUCCAAUGACUUCGAGUGUGAAGAGGCGUUAUUGGCCCAAGGUUCUGUGGACUCUGAGGGAGAGGAGGAGAGAGCACAGCGCUCUGCAGCAGCCUCUGGACCCCUGGGUGUGAGAGGGUGUGUGAGUGUGUAUGUGGCCAUGCUGGGGCUUCUGCUCCAGGCUCUGUAGCACACAUACUCACCUGACCCCUAACCUAUAAACCCCGUCCUCGGGGUCAGACAGGAAGCUAGAACGCCACGCACAGGAACUUCUGUGACAUCCCAUCCUCCACUACCAUGUCAACCAAAACAACAACAACAACAUCAAUAGAAGAGCCGAGAGAAGAAGAGAGCAGAGGAUAAGAGAGGAGCAAAGUGAGAAUGGAGAAGUGAGGAGAUGAUGAGGAUAAGAGAGGAGGGGAGAGAGAAUAGAUGGGCACUGAUCCUACAGCACAGAGAGAAAGAGAACAAUAGAGAGAACAUGAGACAGAUGCUGGAUCGACUGAAGGAUGUUUUGAUGGAUCACCAGAGAGACUUGAGCCUCUGAUUCUGUCCUAUUCUCCUACCCGAAACAUUGAGGACUGAGUUCUACAUUACCAUACUUUGUAUUGAUGCGUUUUUCUGAGUGCAUGGACACUUUGGCUGAGCUGGCAGUUCUGAUGUCUUAACUGGUAGAGAGUACAAUGAGCUUGUGAAGUGUGCUGCCAACAGACGCACUUGUUAAAAUAAUCUAAUUGGAGACUGCACCUCCAGAAAUUCAUGCUCAUACACAUUUUAAAAGAGACUGUAAACCUCAUGUGCGGAGAAUGGGACAGAGCAACAAUCAAGGAGAGGACUAAUGAUCUAGAGCCAGUGACUAUAUACUUUGAUUGAAUGAACUAUACUGACAUUGGACCGGACAGUACUGACUCUAUUGUGAUUGGAGCAGAAAGUCCAGAGAGGCAGGACUGUUCCUCUGUCUCUUACCUCAGUAAUGCACACCACCUUCACACACACACAGACACAAAUCACAACGCUGCAUCUCUCUCUCUCUCGCUCCCUAUAGUCCUCACUGCCUGGUAGACAGGGUUAACACACAU